CUCCACUCUGCUGUAGGACGUCUGUAUGUCAGUCACAACCCAACUGGGACCAUGACGACCAUCAUGAUAACAGUACUGAUGCUCUUCAUUCAAACCACCCUGGGGGCUCCUGAAACAGACGGUCCCUUCAACCUCUUCAAUGCAGAAAGUGGCAUUAGACAGGAACUGGCACGCUGGGUGUCAGGUGGACGUCUCUACUACACCAACAACAGGAAGUGUGCUGGGGUUUCUGGGAAGACAGAGGGUAGUACGCUGGUGUAUUCUGACUGUGAUGAGAAGAGCCUCCUCCAGCAGUGGGAGUGCAGUAACAACACACUGCUCACACUGAAAGGACAGACUCUGUACCUGCACAUCAACGACAACAAUGAUCUGGUGUUGUCCAGAGACACGGGGCCUCGGAGUCGCUGGACCAUCUCUGGAACAACGGACGGCCCCUGCUCAAGGACCCACAGAGAACUCUUUACCAUCGAAGGAAACGCAUUUGGGCGUCCCUGUCAGUUUCCUUUCCUGUACAAAGACCAAUGGUAUGGAGACUGCACCUUGGUAGACUCCUCUGAUGGACAGCUUUGGUGUGCCAUUGAAACAAACUACCAAGACAAUGAACUGUGGGGCAACUGUCCAUCCAAAUCUACGGACCAUUGGCAUAAGAACCCGGUCACAGGUGCAUUCUACCAGGUGAACCUCCACUCUGCUCUGACCUGGCACCAGGCUCGGACCAGCUGCCAACAGCAGGGAGCAGACUUGGCCUCAAUCACCGAACCCCUCGAGCAGACCUACUUAGCAGGUAGCGCCACCCGACUGCACUGUUCGCCACUGUGGUGUACGGUACGGGGCUGUGCUCUGGUACAGGACAGUGGGUGGCAGUGGAUCAGUGGAAAGCCUCAGGUCGUACUUCCGCUGGGACUUGGUCAUCCUCUCUCUGAUCCUGGUCAUAUCUGUGGACUUGUCGACCCAGUUCAGCAGUCCUACUGGCAGAGCUCCCUGUGCUCCAAGAAACUUGGCUACGUCUGUCAGAAAGACCCACCUGCAUCCCCCGUUCCCCCAGAAGUGACAGGUUACUGCUCCAGUCCGUGGAUUCCCUACGCUGCCAGGUGCUACCUCCUCCAGCGUACCAGGAAGACCUGGACAGAGGCUCAGACGGAAUGUCGGAAGGACGGAGGCGACCUGGCCAGCAUCCACAACAUUGAGCAGCACAGCUUUGUGAUGUCACAGCUGGGAUAUGCGGCCGCUGACGAGUUGUGGAUCGGGAUGAAUGAUGUCAAGACGCCACUACUGUUUGAGUGGAGCGAUCAAUCCCCUGUCACCUUCACCAGGUGGGAGGAAGCCAUGCCAAUGGAGGGCAACUGUGUCCUGGUCAGAGGAGAGCAGGGCAGGUGGGCUACUCAGGUGUGUGACAACCUUCCUCGGGAGCGUGGCUUCAUCUGUAUGAAGAAAUCUGCCUCCCAACCCUCAGGGGACCAGGUGGACACUAACCCAGGCUGCAAAUCGCAUUGGACCAGGCACGGCUCCUUCUGCUACUUUGUGGGACCAGAGAUCAAGACCUUUGAUGAGGCCAAAGAGACAUGCAAGAGCUCACAGUCAUAUCUGGCAGAUGUUUCUAGCAGGUUGGAUAAUGCUUUCCUGAUCAGCCUGGUUGGGUCCAGGCCAGAGCAACACUUCUGGAUCGGACUCUCCAACCAGAAGCACAUCGACUUCUUCAGCUGGACGAACAGCAACAGGGUCAGGUACACCCACUGGAACGCACAGAUGCCAGGCAGUCGACAGGGUUGUGUGGCCAUGACAACAGGGCCUCUAGCUGGAUUAUGGGAUGUGCUGAGCUGCACCAAUCAGGAGAAGUAUAUCUGUAAACACCUGGCAGAAGGAGCGGGGCCAACACCAGAACCAAUCACACCUGUCCCUCCCAGGUGCCAUGAGGGCUGGUUUCCUGUGGGGUCUCGGAACUACUGCUUCAAGCUCUUUACAGGGCCUCGCAAAGAUGCGAAGACCUGGUUUGAGGCUCUGGAUUUCUGCAGGGAGAUUGGAGGAGACCUACUCAGCAUCCACAGUUCUACAGACCUCCAGUCUAUGCAUCAUGUCCGUGAUGGGACUUCCUGGAUCGGUCUGAGUGCUCAGGAUCCCAACGCUGGCUUCGCCUGGACUGAUGGGUCGCCACUGUCCUUCCAACACUGGGUGGAGGGGGAACCCAACAACUACAACGGCGUGGAGUCCUGUGCUGAGAUGAGGAACUCUUACUGGGAUGAAGAGGGAUCCUGGAACGAUGUAAACUGUGAGGACUACAACGACUGGCUGUGUGAGAUCCCUAAAGGAGUGACCCCACUACCUCCUCCCAACAACACCAUCCCUGAGUAUAAUGUGACAGAGGAUGGCUGGCUGGAGUAUGGAGGCUCUCAGUAUUACUUUAAUACUGAGAGGCUGGCCAUGGAGAAUGCCAGACACUACUGUCAGCAGAGGCAUGGGGACCUUGUUGUUAUCAACGGACUAACAGAAAAUACAUUUCUGUGGAAAAAGAUCAAUAAAGAGCAUUUUGGAAACCAUUACAUCGGGCUCACAGUUGAUCUUGAUCGCUCUUUCGGGUGGAUGGACGGUUCCCCAGUAGUAUUCCAGAGAUGGGACAACAACCAGCCGGACUUCAAGAACAACGAUGAGAACUGUGUUGUCAUGUUCAGCUCCAUGGGUUUCUGGCAUGACUAUAACUGUGGCACUGAAAUGAGGUCCAUCUGUGAGAGGAGUGGUUCCCCCCCAGUGAACAGCACCGUGCCCCCUACUGCCCCCCCCACAGGAGGCUGCCCCCCGGAAUGGGUCCGCUACCAGUCUAAGUGCUACAAAUUGAUUGGAUACCGGGUGCCUUGUACCUGGCUCGAGGCCAGAUCGUACUGCCAAUCCAUGGGAGCUAACCUGGCGUCCAUCACCAGUAGGCGGGAGCAAGUGUUUCUGACAACCCAGAUGACUUCUGGUGCUACUGACCUGUGGAUUGGACUGAGUAACUUAAACCGGGACGCGUUUGUCUGGACCGAUGGCCAGGCAGUCAAAUACUUAAACUUGGAUUUCACGAAGAUGUUCCCAUCGCGAUGGCAUCACCAUAGUCAGAUGUUCCCAUCGCGAUGGCAUCACCAUAGUCAGCGGUACAUGGAUAUGCUUUCCUCUCAGGCUAGUCGGUGUAUUGUGAUGGCCAGUUCCUCCUCCAUCUUGGGAAAAUGGGAAAUCAGGUCCUGCAAAGACACACACGGCUUCAUCUGUCAGCGUAAAGUUGACCCAGGCAUCCCAGUCCCGACACCGACAGUGUUACCUAGAGGCUGGGUGAAGCUGGCCAACGACUCCUACAAGGUGCUGCCCCAGAACAGGACAUGGCCCGAAGCCCGGAUGCAGUGUGAGGCUGAGGAGGGCCAGCUGGCUAGCACCCUGGAUGAACUGUCAGCAGCCUACCUGGAGCUGCAGGGUCUGAAGCUGCAGACACCACUGUGGAUUGGACUCAAUAGGAAUGAGACGCAAGGCUACUUCAGGUGGAUGGACGGCUGGCCCUUGAGCAUGGACCGGUGGGCCCAAGACGAGCCCAGUAGAGACCGGCCCUGUGUCUACCUGGAUGUGGAAGGCACCUGGAAGACAGCCCUUUGUAACCACACCUACCCCAGUGUGUGUAAGCAGUCCCCAGCCGUCCCGCCCACGGCCCCACCCCAGUACCCUGGGGAAUGUAUCCAGGAGGAGCAGGAAGAGAACAGUGGUAGCAACAGCCCCUGGUUCUGGUUGCCUUUCAGAGGGCACUGCUACAGCUUCGUCAUUAAUGACAUAGAGUGGUCCGACGCCUCCACCAGCUGUACACGUAAAGGGGCGUCUCUGGUGAGCAUCGAGGAUCCUGAAGAACUUCGCUUCAUAAAGAGCAACCUGGAGGUUCUUAAAGACAGCUACUCCUCCUUCUGGAUUGGCCUGUACAAAAAACACCAAGGUCAGUGGAAGUGGCUGGACCAAACACUGCUGGACUACAUUAACUGGGCAGAGGGACAGCCUCAGGACUCUUCCUAUUUCUAUGGAUAUAUGCUAUCCUCCGAUGGGACUUGGGGCACUGCCCCCAGGUGGGAUGAUAAACCAUACAUCUGCAAGAAGCCCAAAGUUCUACCAGAAACACCACCAACACAUGUGUCUCUGAAGGCAGGUCAGAGGCGUGUGUAUUCAGGCCUGGCAGUGGUGGUGGUAUUGGCUACCAUGUGUCUGAUGGGCCUCACAGCCUUAAUGUUCUACAAGAAGACCGGCCGUCCCCUGCCCUCCUUCACCAACCCCCUGGUCUUCAGCGCAGGCCGGAGUACCUUCGACAACCCCCUCUACACGGAGCCCGUCACCGAGGUCGACCCCAGCAUGGUGGACACUAGCCAGCUGGUUAACCAUAUGGAGGCUCAGCCAAUAAUCACUUUAUGAUUGGAGAGAGUCGAGGGGGGAGUCAAGGGGGAGGAAGGUUAAAGAUCCAACCCAGGUUAGGCAAAGUGAUAUUUACAUGCACAAGCUUUUGAAAAUAAUCAACAAAUUCAUUGGACCAGCGCCAUUGCUAACUAGUUUUGCUGAUGUUUCGAAUUUUUCCCCAUUUAUGCAAAGACUUCUGGGAUAUUAGAAUCCUCAUGUCUCGACCUUCACAUAUUGCACCUAGGAAUCAAGGGAUGUGCGGUGAGGUCUGAGGCCGGUUAGGCACUUUCUGUUGGACCAGCUGCAGUAACUCUCUCGCAUUGGGGACAGUGUGUGUCAGGUCAUGCUGGAACAAGAAGCUGAGAAGCUGUCUAGGUGAUUUGUCUCUGUUGGUGAAAUGUACAAUCCCACAAGAUCAUCCUUAAAGGGAUGCGUCGCGAUUUUGGCAAUGAUUGUACCAUUUUUUUGUCUCUAUGUCCAGUAUGAAGGAAGUUAGAGGUAGUUUCGCGAGCCAGUGCUAACUAGAAUUAGCGCAAUGACAGUAGGUCUAUGUUUAUCUGCUAUCUGGAAGGAUUGGUCAUUGCAUUAAUGCAUGCUAGCAGAUACCCAUAGACUUCCAGUUAUUGCGCUAAUGCAUGCUAGCAGAUACCCAUAGACUUCCUGUUAUUGCGCUAAUGCAUGCUAGCAGAUACCCAUAGACUUCCAGUUAUUGCGCUAAUGCAUGCUAGCAGAUACCCAUAGACUUCCAGUUAUUGCGCUAAUGCAUGCUAGCAGAUACCCAUAGACUUCCAGUAGUUGCGCUAAUGCAUGCUAGCAGAUACCCAUAGACUUCCAGUAGUUGCGCUAAUGCAUGCUAGCAGAUACCCAUAGACUUCCAGUAGUUGCGCUAAUGCAUGCUAGCAGAUACCCAUAGACUUCCAGUAGGUGCGCUAAUGCAUGCUAGCAGAUACCCAUAGACUUCCAGUUAUUGCGCUAAUGCAUGCUAGCAGAUACCCAUAGACUUCCAGUUAUUGCGCUAAUGCAUGCUAGCAGAUACCCAUAGAUUUCCAGUUAUUGCGCUAAUGCAUGCUAGCAGAUACCCAUAGACUUCCAGUCUUUUAGUUUAGUUUAUUCAUUUGACCAUUUUAUAAAACAAGCACAUAUAAACCUUGAAAGAGCCAUAAAUAAAAUCAUGUAGGAUAACACACAAUAAAGUCUGGGACUUAUUUCCAUCGAUGGAUAGACAAGAUCGAAAAAGAUCGAACACAGGCAGUGAAAUUAUAAAACAAAACCAGAGAAGAAGAACAUCUGUCUCAUCAUUGGCUGUCAUCUGAACAUUGAGAUUGUCCAGUAUGUUGUAGUAUAUUCUUCCCGUUUCUACAGUAAGAUCAGCUGUUUACUACGAGUUGAACAUUCUGCCAGGCCCGGUUCAAUGCACUUCUGUUUGAAUCUGAUGGAUUCUCUUCAAAUGUAACAUGUUUCAAGUUAAACUGUAGUUUGUUUGUAUCCUGUUUAGUGAAUGAUUACCGAGAGUAUUCAUGGAGUUUAGGUCAUGAAACUGUGUGUUUGCUAGUUUAAAAACCAUGACCUAAUCAUAUACGAGGAAAUGGCCUAGGAUCAGAGAGCAGCGUCAAGCCCAGGACGGAGGAAUGACUGGUUGUGAAUCUGACAUCUAGCUAAACAAAGAGAUGGACAUUCUACAGGGGAAUGGAGGGAAACUCACUGGGGUCAUAAAAUGCAUAGCUGGUGAGGUGACACCUACAAGAGGGUGGUGACCAAAAGGAGGGAGGAGUAUAUGAUGUGUUGUGAGCUUUCUAAAUGUAUGCACUUACUGUAUCCUUGGUAUUAAACACUUGAAACUUC